AGUGUAAUACCUUUUUGUGUGCGGUGGAAACACUUGUUUACGUCUUAUGAGUGAGUGUUGCUGCUAUUACGGGAGAAGAUCUGAGUGUAGGAGCUGUUGUUGUGAAGCUGUCAAACUAUCGGUCCACCAACUGAAGAGGAUUCGUGAUGGACAAGGAAGUGGUGAAGCGAUUAGUUUAUUCUAUGUUACAGUUCUUACAGUCACAGCUAGAAGGAGGUGCUGUUGAAAAUGGGUUGACAGAAGAAGGUGUAGAGAGCGUGGAAGUUGCCUUACAGUGCCUAGAGACUGCGUAUGGUGUUUCUUUAGCACAAAGUGAAUUGGCACUUCCUAGAUCUUUAUAUCAGAUGUUUGCAGAAGCUUGUAAAGCAUCACCCGUGCAAGAAGAGAUGACAAGUACUAGUGCUCCUAGGAAUGAAGCACCACCAAGUGAAGCAGACAAAGCUGAGGCAGAAGAACUUAAGAACAAAGGAAAUCAGCUCAUGCGAGAGGAGAUCUUCACAGAAGCUUUAGAAUGUUACACUAAAGCAAUAAGCAAAGACCCUAGAAAUGCUGUAUACUAUUGUAAUAGAGCAGCAGCGCAUAGUAAACUAAAUCAGCAUUUAGAUGCCAUUCAGGAUUGUAAACGAGCACUACAAAUUGAACCCCAGUAUAGCAAAGCAUAUGGAAGAAUGGGCUUGGCCUAUUCAAGUUUUAACAAACCACCGUCCCAAGCAAAAACUUGUUUACUUAAGAUUAUUUUUUUUCCAGGUGGUCUUGGUGGCUUGUUUGGUGGGGCAGCAGGUCCAGGUGGGCCAGAUCUGACGGGUUUAUUGAAUAAUCCUGCUCUUAUGAAUAUGGCUACCCAACUUAUGUCAGAUCCAAAUAUGCAGAGUAUGAUGAGUAAUUUAAUGGGAGGUAUGGGUGGCAUGCCAGGAGCUCCUCCUAGUGUUCCCAAUCCAACAAAUAGUGUUCCUAAUAACCCAGGUCCUGGUGCUCCAGGUGGUGGUGGAAUAGAAGCUCUUCUGAAUGCGGGUCGACAACUGGCAGAACAAAUGCAGACACAGCACCCAGAGUUAGUAGAACAAAUACGGCAACAAAUGAACAGAGGACCCGGCAGUGGCUCUGGGGAUCCUCCUGGUGGUGGAAGCCAGGAUUCAUCUGGUCAAAGUUAAUAAGUUUAUGUAGUUUAAUCUUAGCAAUUGGAGUGAGGAUUUAUGUAGAUGGCAGAAUAAUCCAAUACCAUUAUUCUGUUGGAAUAGGAAGAGUUUUUGUCAUGAAGUAUUUUGUGCAAAAGAUAUGCAAUUCUCAGACUUGAAAUAUUUUUUACUUUAACUGUACUUAAGGUACAUUUAUUGUUAAAUCUUGGAUACCUAAUUGUUACAGAUACAAUAAUGACGAUGGAAGUAAAACUUUUCACUUUGUCAUCUGUUGACUGUGUUGGAUACUGGUAAUCAGAUUAUGUAUAGAUAACGGGAGAAAUUAUUUAGUGGGUUCAAGAAUUUUGUUUUCUUACAAAUUUAUUACCGAAUCAUAGUUUUAAAAUUGCCAUUUAAGAUUAUUUAUGUAGCAGUGGGAUCAGUAAAGCUUUUUUCUCACAUAUAGGAUUGAUAGAUAAUGUAAUAGUAUAUUUAAAUAAAAGAGUGACUAGCUCUGUGGACAGGUGUAGGAGUACUUUGAAAGAAUCUUUUUAGCUAAAAGUGCUGCAUUGUGUAAUAUAGUCUUAUUCUGGUUCUAACCAGUUUGUUUUGCUUUUAUUAUCAUAAUUGUUUUUUAAGAGAUUACCAUUUGCAAGCCUUGUAAUUUGAGUUCUGGUAUUUUGAUUAUUAUUUGUGUUUCUUUGUAUUUGCUAUUGGUUUGGUUAUAGUGUACAGAACAGUAUUUAUUUUAGUUAUUCAAGGCCAGUCAUAAAUCAUUUUUUGUUGAAAAAAAUAUGAGUAUAUUUUGCACGAAUGAAAGGGCUUGAAUAAGCACUUUGUACUGUGUCCAUUAUAUGGUACCUUAUUAAGGAUGGAGUUUGUUACUAGCUAAAGGCUGUUAUUGGCCAUUAAAGGUUUUUAAACUUCUUGUAAAUGAUUUUGUAGAAGUAUUUGUUAUUAGUAUGAACUCCACUUUUCCACUAUACUUUUUUUCCUGUAUACUGUCAGCAUUUGACUCAUCUCUUUCAUUAUAGAAGGAGCUUUUUUGUAUAUUGAAAUGAUAAAAAUGCCUUUGUAACAUCAUGUGGCUAAUCUAAUCUCAUUAGCA